AUGGCUGAGGCAGGCUUGGAAGAUACAAGCCCGCCGAUUCCUAUGCCAUCUGCUAACAAUGAUCCUCUGCAAGAAUUUACCGCGGCCCAAAACUUGUGCAAACACGAUGGGACCCCGAGUAUGUUUCAUACCUGUGAACAUCCGUACCAUUCAAACUACAGCUCGGCACAUUUGCCUCCCCUGCUUUUUCGUUUAGAAUCACCACAAGAGCCCUUUGUUCGACCUGCAGUCCAUCUUUUGAAAAAGGAUGAGGAGGAUUCCAGUACCGAGGGAUCUAGUGCAAUUAGAGAUUUCCCAUUUCUUCCGCAGUAUAUAUCUGUCCGUGCUGCUGGUUGGCUCCUUGAAUACUGGAUGCGGACCGAUUCUCGCCUCACUUAUCGUGAUAUCAAAGCGCGCAUGACGGCUGCUCCAGCCGAUAUCCCUUCUGAUAAUGCGUUAAAUAUGCGACGUGAACGCGAAGCUCGCUCGCCUCUCGGUCUCUCAUGCUGGACCACGCGUCGAGGAAGUAUCACCAAAGCGGAAGUUGAAAGGGUUGAGCGCUUAUCUCAGCCUCAGAUAUCGCUUAAUACAACUACAACUAUUGAAUAUGCAACUUCUGGUGGAAGCGGCGAACAGGUCCCUCGGUAUCUUCUUAUGAAGCGCCUUGAUGGGGGGCCACCUCAUCGGUAUCCACUAGACACCUUCCUGGAUGGAAAGCAAGGACCUCAUGUACCAGGACAGCGCAUAGAAUCAACCAUACAACUCCUCUAUCAACUUCAAGAUUACGCUAAUGCUCUUGAGGAGGAUGACUGGAGAUCCUUAGCACCAGAAUAUCUGCCUGAAACGUGGGCCAGAAGGGUAGAGACACGAUUACGGCGUCAGGCUGAAAAGGCAACUGAGAAUGAGGUGAACCUCAGCCAGCCUGCUCUUAGCGGCAAUAUUGCAAUGAGCAUUGACAAGGACACGGAAAAUGGGGGGUCAGGCACAGAUGAUACAAAUGACGAGGUGACAAAAACAGGAGCCAACAAGUCCGACGAUCAAAAUGCCCAUCUACCAGAGGCUUCCCCUGGCUAUCAUAAUGUCAAUCUGCAAGCCUCUAUUUCUUCAACCAAAAAAGGCCCUUUAUCCCAAACCUCAUCUCCGAGUAGCGAGGUUGUUGAUUCUCCAGCACAAUUCCCAAAGAAGAGGCCUACCAACGCAUUUGCCAACAAUCAACCAGUCCUAACCAGCGACACUCUAGAUCUCCUGGACGACUGCGACGGACCAUGUUGUCAGCCAUUUACUGCGCAGAAAUCCCAACCAACGUUGUCAGAUAGUUCGCGGGAGACCCCUACUGUUGCUUCGAUGUCUUCUAGAGACUCCAAUGGGGACCAGGACUCAGGCUCGGAUCUCCUUUCAGAAGAAGCAGACCUACUAGAGCAGCAUGGUGGCCCUCUAUCCAUUAGAUUCAACGGCGGUGGUGAAUUCUCGAUCCGAAACAAUCCCUACCAUCGCCUAAAUACCCACACUGCGGAGAUCAUGGCGAGGAAUAACCCUUUCGCUGACUUUCUUCCACUGCCCUCUAACUAUUCGAAACCGACACGUCGGCGAUCUUUUGACGACUUUUUUGCUGCUGAACUUGAAUAA